GAGUUUGUUUACAAAUUUAAACAGCUGUUGCAAAUCACACAAACAACUAUUAAACAGGAAUCAUUACAAGAAUUCCAGAAAGAUAUUUAAUGUAUUCUCAAAUAAUAUAAAAUAUUUUAUAAAAUCGUUGUUCACUUACCACAAAAAUGGAAAUUAUUGCGUCAAACGUAAAAGCCACCACAGACGAAAGCAAAAAACGCAUACUUAACGCUUUAGAAUAUACGAGUAUUUGCAAUUUCAUACAACAUUAUCAUGGACUGGCCAUCGAUUGCGAAAUGGAAAUGGUACAACGUAUUUUCACCGACAUUGAUAGGUUGACGUUAAAAAGUAUCUUGCAAACAGAACUGAUUACGCGUUUGAGAGCACAACAUUGGAUAAGUGAAGCGAAAGCUAAGAAAUAUCUGCAAGCUUUUGAAGAACAAGUAAGCACACAUCCAGCACCUACAUUACUACUGAAGAUUGCCUGUUUAGAGGGCAUAAGCCCAAUGGCACUCUGUCGCAGUAUUUUACAGCAAAAAUAUAAAUUUGAACAUAAAUCCGAUCUGAGCCGUCUACUCAAAUAUCCACAUCUUAUUGCUGAUCCAAAACUGGCGGCGAACGUUAUACAAUGCAUGUGUAGUGAUUCGCAAGAUGGACCGCUUGUUGAUCUCCGUCGCAGAAUUUUAGGUGAAGAGUAUGAAUUUAAGUUAAAACAAAUGGCCACCGCCGCUAAUAUGCACUACUAUGAUGAGAAUGACUUGCGUCGUCUUGGUUAUGAUAAAACUCCAGAUAUUAAAAUGAUCGUGCCAUUCUUGUACAAAGGUGAAGUGGUAAAUUGGAUUGAAAGCAAAGCCACCUUUGGUGAUGUCAAAACCCAUAAGCGGUACAUACAACAGCAGCUAUAUAGCUAUAGUAAUCGUUUUGGCGCCGGUAUUGUUAUUUAUUGGUUUGGUUAUCAUGAGGAUACACCACGACUUCCGGAUAAUAACGUCGGCAUCAUUGUGUUAGACGAUUUUCCAUCAACUGAGAAUAUGGUAUUUCUGAAUCUGACUGAUGACACCUGUACAACAACCUCAAAUCUGCAAAAUUCUAUUAGUUGAACAUGAAUAUAACAAAUAGAAAAUACUCAUUACUAAUACACUACUUGUACAAUUAUUUAAAUUCGUAUAAGCUCUUAUUUAUUUAUGAACAUAACGAUUUUACACCAUUGCGUUGUACGACAAUAACUAAAGUGCUGAAAAAGCUCACUUCAUAUGUAGAAUUUAAGUUUAAUUUAUUUAGAAUAAAAGGAUUUCCUAUUCUCAUUCAAAAAA